AGCUAGUACAAUUCCUAUGGCCAAGUCUGCCUUUCUUUUUCUCUGGCUCAAUAUUAUUUUGUAUCUUUGCAUGCUUGGAUCCCACAUCUCAUAUUCUCAGUCCCAUGUGCCCGCACUAUACAUAUUUGGUGAUUCCACAGCUGAUGUCGGAACCAACCAUUAUUUGCCUGGUUCUAGGGCGAAGGCAGAUUUUCUUCCUAACGGGAUCGAUUUUUCUUGUUCUAAACCAACUGGGAGAUUCAGCAACGGUUACAACACUAUUGAUUUUCUAGCCCAGCAUCUGGACUUUGACGAAAGCCCGCCGCCUUUUCUCUCUUAUUUGGAUAGCAGUAUAUCGCAAUUUCUCAUCACGAAUGUUCCAACCAAGGGAAUCAACUUUGCUUCCGGAGGAUCAGGACUUAUGGAUCAUACUGGAGAAAAGUGGGGAAGGGUGAUUUCUUUUACAGAACAAGUCCAACAAUUUUCAAGUGUCCGCAGCAAUAUUUCAGAAUUACUGGGUGCGAGUGCGGUCGCCAAUAUCUCCAAAUCUCUCUUUAUCAUCAGUGUUGGUAGCAAUGACAUCUUCGAUCAUUUUGAUGCCAACCACACUGGGCGAAAGUACAUCAGCACUCUUAUAUCCACCUACGAAACUCAUCUAAGGAAUUUAUAUGAUCUGGGAGCCAGAAAAUUUGGGAUUGUUAGUGUUGGGGCAAUCGGGUGUUGUCCGGUCCAGCGUAAUUCGAGUUACUGUAACGAGGCUAUGAAUGAGGAUGCUCAGUUGUUCUAUUCUGCACUCCGCAGCCUCUUGCGUAAAUUGAGUUCAGAGUGCAAAGGCUUGAUGUAUGCACUUGCAGAUUCAUAUCAAAUGUCCAAAGUUAUUAUAGACCACCCCACUAGAUUUCGACAUGUUUUCACGGAGAUGAAAAAAGCUUGCUGUGGAAAAGGAAAGUUGAACGCACAAGAGGCAUGCAAACCUGGUUCGGAUGUGUGUAAGGAUCGCACGACCUACUUGUUUUGGGACCAAUACCAUCCAACAGAACGAGCUUCUUAUUUCGCAGCCCUGGAACUUUAUGCUGGCACCGACCCUGAGCUGGUGCCGAUGAAUUUUGGUGAUUUGGCCUGUCAUCAACCAUGAUUAAUAAUUGAUUUCCAUAUAUACGUACUUGUAGAAUAAGAACAUGCAGUCAAACCUUGUCAUGAAAAGGAGUUCUGUUCCUUUCAUAAAAAUAAGGAGUUCUCUCCAUUCUGUUCAGGAAGUUUAA